UUGAAGUCAGCUACUUCAGCGUAACGGUUUAAAAAAAGCUGUGUGAGAAGAAAAAAAAGUUAUUCACUGUUUGACUUCCGCCAAGACAACAGGUGGACAUAACAGUCCAGCAACAUGGCGGCCAAGCAAAGCAGUUAUGAGGGAAGUGAAGUAGAAAGUUUCCACUUCUACCUCCAACACUCUGGCGAGCAUCAAGCUGUUGUCCAGUUCCUCAUCAAGAAGUUGCCAGACCAACUCAUAAGAAUGGGAGCAGACAAAAGUAGCCUGGCUGUUCUGGGCGUGGGAAGUGGUGGAGGCGAAGUGGAUGUCCACAUGCUGUCCCUCAUGCAGUCCACCUUCUCCACUCUUCCCAUCACCGCCGACGUCGUGGAAGGAAGCGCCGAACUGGUUGCCAAAUUCAAAGCACUGGUAAAAACGACUGGUAACCUGCAGAAGAUUCCAUUCACCUGGAACACCAUGCCCAGUGAGGAGUAUAUCCAGAAAGCCAUUGGAAGUGGAGACGUGAAGACUUUUGACUUCAUACACAUGAUUCAGAUGCUGUACUAUGUGGAUGACCUGACCAAAACGAUCCAAUUCUACCACAGCCUUCUGAACAAGAAUGGCAGGCUCAUGAUCAUUAUAGAAAGCGCCAACUGUGGCUGGGACACUCUGUGGAGGACCUUCUCCAAGGAGCUGUGCAACGAGACGCUCCCCGUGUAUCGCUCAUCUGCUGACGUCCUGGCCUCCCUGAAGAGUCUGGGUCUGAAAUACGAGGAGCAUUUCAUCCCCAACACCUUCGACGUGACGGAGUGCUUCGAUCCGGACAGCAAGACCGGACAACGUCUGCUUAGUUUCAUGACAGCCAGAGAGAACUUCCACCAGUCGUUCACGCCGCAAAUAAGAACGGACAUACUAAACCUGCUCCGGAGGGAGUGUAGCACGGAGAAGGAGGGCAAGGUGUCUUUCAACAGUAACUUAAGCUGUGUGUUUGUUCAUGCUUGAACCUCUGGAUUCAUGACUGAUUAUCAGUGACCAGCUCAGUCUCUAAAGACAAUUAAACAUCACAAUC